GUACUUCUUUUAGGCUACAGCAAAAAUAAAACCAAGCAAAAAAACAUGUGCAGUCUUAUAACCCGAGAGGACAAUAUGAGUUCAAACAAGGAACCCGACUGGAAGCUUGUCCCUGAUUGGUGAAAAUAAGCUGUAACAACAGAAUGUCAAGGAGUAAACAAAAAAGCACAGCAACUGAGUUUGCAGUCUGACUACCUUCAGCAUAGGCCAACCUGGACUCCUUCAUCCCAAAUGAGGUGACCUCUACAUUUUAUAUGAAGGCUCUGAUUUACCAUUCAACUGUGAUCUAUCUUAUAACAUGGCAUUCCAAUACAGAUGGGAAGAUAAAACUGAACAACACAGCUAAAAUAAAGGGUAUUUCCAGGAUACAGAUUGUGGAAACAGGAUGAAGCUGACGAGUGAAAAUUUGCCCAAGAACCCCUUUUAUACCUCUAUAGCUCAGUAUGCUGCUAAUCACCCACAAUUCUUCCAAUGGAGAAAGGAAAAGACUGAUAAUUACAGCCAUUCUAAUUUGGUGGAUAAAGCAUUGCAGCUCUUGAAGGAAAGAAUAAGAAAAGGAGAUGCUCUGGCUUAUUUCCUACGAGGUCAACUAUAUUUUGAAGAGGGAUGGUAUGAAGAAGCAUUAGAACAGUUUGAAGAAAUCAAGGAGAAAGAUCACCAAGCAACUUACCAGCUAGGAGUAAUGUAUUAUGAUGGCCUGGGGACCGUUGCAAAUGCUGAAAAAGGAGUGGAUUAUAUGAAAAAAAUUCUUGAUUCUUCAUGUCCCAAAGCAAGACACUUAAAAUUUGCUGCCGCUUACAACCUUGGAAGAGCUUAUUAUGAAGGAAACGGGGUUACACGAUCAGAGGAGGAAGCUGAAAGACUGUGGCUUUUUGCUGCAGACAAUGGAAAUCCAAAAGCUAGUGUGAAGGCUCAGUGUAUCCUAGGACUGUAUUAUUCAACAAAAGAACCCAAAGAGUUAGAAAAGGCAUUUUACUGGCAUUCAGAAGCGUGUGGCAAUGGAAACCUGGAGUCCCAGGGUGCUCUUGGUCUCAUGUACUUUUAUGGACAUGGCAUCCGUCAGGAUACUGAAGCUGCGCUGCAUUGCUUAAGAGAAGCAGCAGAACGUGGGAACGUCUAUGCGCAAGGGAAUCUCGUGGAGUAUUACUACAAGAUGAAAUUUUUUACAAAGUGUGUCACAUUUUCCAAAAGGAUUGCUGACUACGAUGAAGCUCAUGACAUCCCCGUGAUAGCCCAGGUCACGGACUGCCUCCCGGAGUUCAUCAGCAGAGGCAUGGCCAUGGCGUCCUUCUACCAUGCGCGGUGUCUUCAGCUUGGCCUGGGCAUCACAAAAGAUGAAGCAAAGGCUCGACAAUAUUACUCUAAAGCUUGUCGUCUGAAUCCAGCAUUGGCAGAUGAACUUCACUCCUUACUUAUUCAUCAAAGAAUUUAGACCACAGUGCAUUUCAACAAAGAUCAUCAAUCCUAACACCAUAUAAUGUGUGUAUUUUUAUAGCAGCUCUGUUUUUUAUUUUCUGCAUCCCAAGUUAUAUUAUCCUGGGUAUUUUACAGAUGAUAUGUCACCUUUGUCCUUGAAUUUGUAUUCUAUAAUUUUUGCAACCAGAAACCUAGCCACAGGAUCAAAUUGCUAGAAGAGUCCUUGGAGAUCCACCUCUUAACCUAUAGCGUAGCCUAGA